AUGCUUCCUUUCGUUUUCCUCCUUUCCGGCGCCCUCGCCUCCCAGUGGGACACCUACCCCUCCGUGCCCAAGUCCGCCAGCAUCAACGGUUUCGCCGAUCCCAUCUAUUCCAGACUCCCAGAAUGUGCCAAGGAGUGUGUCACUCUUAGCACCAAGAGCACGCCUUGUCCUUACUGGGACACAGGCUGUUUCUGCGUGAUGCCCCAGUGGUCAGGCCAAGUCGGGUCCUGUUUUGCCGAGAAGUGCCAAGGUUCUGACGUUGCAAGUGCUACUUCUUUGGCUUACUCUCUCUGUGAGUCUGCUGGUGCCAAUAUCUGGAUGAUGCCUGCCUCGGUGUCGACGGAGCUUUCUCUGGCUGCCGGUACCUGGCAGGUUGCUGCUGCCACGACCAAGGACUCGGACUUUGGCGACAACGGAAACAAGAAGGUUUCGGGUACAAAUGUGGUUACCGGUUCUGCUUCUUCUACUGAGUCUGCCAGCUCUGUGGCUGCUGGUGUGACUGGCGGUGCUAACAAUACGAAUAGUUCGGGUAAUUCCACUGACGGCUCUCUGUCGCUGGACUCUGGUGCUAGUGUGCAGCAGACGGGCCUUGCGGCCUUGGUGCUUGUGGCGUUGCUCUCCAUGUUGCACUAG